CCGAGCCGAGCGGAGCUGAGCCGAGUCGAGCCGAGCGGAGUCGAGCCCAGCCGAGCUGAGCACUGCUCAGCCGAACCGAGCCGAGCCGAGCCGAGCUUUGCUGAGCCGGACCGAGCUGAGCUCUGCUCAGUCGAGCCGAGCCGAGCCGAGUAGAACCGGACCGAGCCGAGUGGAGUCGAGUCUUGCUGAGCCGAACCGAACCGAGCCGAGCCGAGCCGAGCCGAGCCGUGCUGAGCUGAACCGAGCGGAGCCGAGCCGAGUCGUGCUGGGCUGAACCGAGCCGAGCCGAGCGGAGCGGAGCCGAACCGAGCCGUGCUGAGCCGAGCGGAGCCGAGCCGAGCCGAGCCGAACCGAGCGGAGCCGAGCCGUGCUGAGCUGAGCCGUGCUGAGCCGAACCGAGCCGAACCGAGCCGAGCCGAGCCGAGCCGAGCCGAGCCGUGCUGAGCUGAACCGAGCCGAGCCGUGCUGAGCCGAGCCGAGCUGAACCGAGCGGAGCCGAGCCUUGCUGAGCCGGACCGAGCCGAGCCGAGCUUUGCUGAGCCGGACCGAGCCGAGUGGAGCCGAGCGGAGCCGAUCCGAUCCGAUCCGACCCGAUGGGCACUGAGUUGGAGGCCGCCCGGCUGCACUGCGCCGCCGUCACCCGCGAUUACUGCAGCGCGCCGCGGCUCACAUACAGAACGGUGUGUGGGGUGAACGGCCCUUUGGUGGUGCUCGACAACGUCAAGUUCGCUCAGUACGCGGAGAUCGUUCACUUCACACUGCCCGACGGCUCCGAGCGCAGCGGGCAGCUGCUGGAGGUGGCCGGGAACAAAGCCGUCGUGCAGGUGUUUGAGGGCACGGCGGGCAUUGAGGCGCGGCGCACCGCCGUGCGGUUCAGCGGAGAUGUGCUCAGAACCGCCGUGGCCGAGGAGAUGUUGGGCCGGGUCUUCAAUGGCUCCGCCCGCCCCAUUGAUGGCGGCCCCAAAGUGCUGCCCGAGGACUACAUGGACAUCAAUGGGCAGCCCAUCAACCCGCAGUGCCGGACGUACCCCGCAGAGAUGAUCCAAACGGGCAUCGCUCCCAUCGACGUUAUGAACGCCAUCGCCCGCGGGCAGAAAAUACCCAUCUUCUCUGCCGCGGGGCUGCCCCACAACGAGGUCAGUGUGCCCCAUAGCGCCCCAUAGCGCCCCAUAGCUCU